AUAAAAAUAAUCUGCUCUCCUAACAUAGCGUGUUGCGUGUCGCUGCAACUUCAAAUCUCCCUCUUUUCUCUCUCUCUCUCUUCACUACCAAUUUCUCUGCUUUCUUACGAAGGUUUUUGUUAGGGUUUUAAUGGCUACUCCACAUCUCGACUAUGAUGAUGAUUUUGGCGGAGAUUUUUCCGGAAAUCAGCGCGCAGGUAAUAAGCGGAGUUUUGGGGAGCUUGAUGACGAUGAAGAUGAUAUAUUUAGCUCUAAAAAGGUACAGUCUAAAUUGGAAGAGACGGCUCCCGGUGUAGCAACGGGAAUGAUAUUAUCCCUUAGAGAAAGUCUUCAGAAGUGCAAGGAUGAGCUCUCAAAAUAUGAAAUGGAGCUUGAAUCUGCAAAGUCCGAAAUUCAGAAGUGGCAUUCUUCAUUUCAAAACGAGUCCUUUAUAUCCCCAGCUACUACUCUAGAACCUAAAUUGGUGGUUAACUAUAUCCGGACCUUGAGGUCAUCAGAAAAGUCAUUCAAAGAGCAGCUAGAAAAGGCAAAGAAGAAAGAAGCUGCAUUCAUUGUGACUUUUGCCAAGCGCGAGCAAGAAAUAGCAGAAUUGAAGGCUGCAAUUCGAGAAUUGAGAGCACAACUGAAGCCUCCCUCUCUGCAGACGAGGAGGUUAUUGCUAGAUCCUGCAAUACAUGAAGAGUUUACACGUUUGAAGAAUCUUGUUGAAGAAAAGGAGAAAAAAGUGAAGGAGUUGCAGGACAACAUCAAUGCUGUUAUUUUUACACCAAACAGCAAGAUGGGUAAGAUGCUAAUGGCGAAGUGCAAGACCUUGCAGGAGGAAAAUGAGGAAAUAGGCAAUCAAGCUUCUGAAGGGAAGAUGCAUGAGUUAUCUAUGAAACUUGCUUCGCAAAAGUCUCGGAAUGCAGAGCUCAGGAGUCAAUUUGAAGGACUUUGCAAGAAUAUAGAGGUGCUAACAACUGAUGUUGAAAGAUCGAAUGAGAUGGUUGUCAUCUUACAAGAAAAGCUCGAAGAGCGUGAUGCAGAAAUUAAAAGAUUGAAACUUGAGCUGCAACAAAGAAACGUAGUUGAGGAAUUGAAUGAUUCAGCUCCAAAUGUUACAGAAGAACCACAGUCAGCUGAAGUUGGGGAUGUACCGCAAACUGAGCCUGAGCAGUCUUGAAUUCAAUUUUUUACCAAUCAUAUGUAAUGUCCUCAAGUGUACCUUGUACAUUAUUAUUAUCUUUGGCCCCGUGUAGACAUCAUUAGUUUUUUGCUGAGAAAAUAAUCUCUUUUGAAAGGAAAGUAAGUUGGCUCCA